AUGGGGGACACCGGUGGGAUCUCCGGUGCCGGAAUUGGGGUUUCAACGUCAGCUCUGAACAAAACGAUCCAAGAGUUAGCGAAAGAUGGUGAGAAGCAUUUAGAAGACACAAUUGAUUCGGCUUUCCUGAUUCUCUCCGCUAUGAACGAUGAGCUCUGCAACCCUAAUCUCUGGUCCGUCACCAAUUCGAAUCCGAACUCAACCGCUUCGACUUUGGCCAGUCCGGUUAUCAACGGCGGCGCCACUAAUGGUAUGAGUAACGGGCACCACUUCUCCAACGGGGAUAGCAUCUCGUCGGGUUCUUCUUCGCCGCCGCAUCACUUGGAAAACGCUGGUGGGGCGCUCGAGGAGGCUCGCUUCCGUUACAAAACGGCCGUUGCUGCCCUGCGUACAGUCCUCUCUGCUAUUUCUAAUUCUCAGAAGGUUGAAGCUUCUGAAUUGGUUUCAAUUACUAGAUCCUGUUCUCCUGAUGACCAAGGUGAAAUAGAGAAGCUGGAAGAGCAAGCCUUGGCUUUGAGAAAGGAGAAUGCUCUUUGCUUAGGCCAGAGCGAGGAACUCGAGGUGCUUGUACAUGAAUGCCCUUACUUUCAUUCGACGAACCAAGCCAUCUCACAAGAACUUUGGAGAGGUUUGAUUUUUGCAGCAGGACACAGCAUCUGA